AUGGCGCCGGCACCAGACCAACUCUCCUCGCCUGGUUCUGUGAGCUAUGACUCGGAUACCAUGGUGGUGGGGGAUGGAACGUGGGAUUUCACCAAGAACACGUUCCUUCUCCCCAACUUGGAAGGGACUGAUUUUGACACAAUGAGAUACAAUGGAAUGGGAAAUCGCUUCUCCACCGUCCACCAGUACCAUACCAUUAUUCUGGCUCACGGCAUUAUGGCUGCCAUGGUCUUUCUGUUCCUGGUACCCCUUUCGGUGAUGCUUGCGAGGUUCUACACGAGAGAGCCGGCUCAUGCGAUUCGAUACCAUGCGCGGCUGCAAGUUUUCUCCGGCUUGCUUCUGGUAGCAGCCUUCAUAUUACCCUUCUUCGCUGUUGGGCCAAAUCGAUCCCUGUCAAACCCGCAUCAUGGAAUUGGCGUUGCCAUCUUCGUCAUGUUCGCUGUCCAGCUCCUGGGGGGUCGGUUGAUUCAGCAUAUCAUGAAGAGUCGCUCCCUUCGCGUAACGCUUCAUAAGUGGUUAGGCAGAGCUACAGCCCUCCUUGGAAUUGUCCAGGUGCCUCUCGGACUUACUCUCUACGGAUCGCCAAAGAUCCUCUUUAUUUUGUAUGCUGUUUGGAUGGGUUUCCUUCUCGCAGUUUACUUUGUCCUCAACUACCAGGCCGAGGGACAUCACGAGCGAUAUAUUCCAGCGGGACGCUCUGAAGCGGGCAACACUCGCAUCACAGAAUCUGAAUACUAUUCUGACCACAGGGAGAACGAACAUUCUGCUCUGAAAUGGCUGGGACCCCUAGCGGCUGGCGCAGGAAUAUUUGCUAUGAUGAGAGGACGCAAGAAGGAGCAUGAUGACGACCGCAGCCGAGCUCGCACACGAUCGCCAUCGAUGAGUCGAACAUCAAUAACUCGAAGUCGUGGGCCAACGGUAAUCUCAUCACGACCAAGUUACUUCUCCGAAAAGUACUCUGAUCUUCCGGCACAACGAAGCGGCGGCGGAGGCUUAUUUAAGGCAUUGGGUGGCGCGGCUGCUGCUUUUGGUGCUGGAAAGAUAUUCUCCAACUUUAUGGACCGUCGCGACCGACGAGAGGAAGAGUAUUCUGCUGUAUCCACUGAGACCCCUCACCGCAACAGGUCUGUACGCGCCGCGACAGUAAGCGAAUUCAACAGUGAGUAUACUGAUGAUGUAUCAACCCUUCCACCCUCGCGCGCUCCUGCUCCUACUCAGGCUGCUUCCGCCUAUGAAGCUCGACGCUCAUCUCCACGACGCUCCAACGUUCGCAGCAACAUUUCGAGGGGAGAUAUGAUGGAUGAGUCCGAAUACUCGUCCUACGUUUCUCCAUCACGGCGACCACAUGAUGAGCCUUCUGGCGGCGGCGGUUUCGCCAAGGGCGUGCUUGCUACUUUGGGAGUCGGAUGGUUUGCCAAGAAGUUUGCCGACAGACGUGCUCGAAAAGAAGAGGAUCGACUGAGGGAGGAAGAGGAGAUGCGGUCCGGCACUCAGUUCUCCAGGUACAGCAACACCGAAUACCAAUCUCCAAUCCGAAGGGACUCUCGUCGUCCACCUCAAAGGCGCAGCACCGUGACAGGAACCGAGUAUUCAGAUGGAACGGAGUCCACGUUUGACACCCAGACUGAGCUUUCCACCAUGCCGCCAAAGGGACCGCGGAAUACGGCUGCUGGAGUACGACCCAGCACUUCUGCGUUAAUACCUGAUGAAAUGUCGCCACCGAGGCGUGGUGAGCGUCUGUCCAUGCCUAGCAUGCCCAGUGACCCCCAUGGUCUAUUACACCGUUCCGAAGUUGAUUCUGAUGUGACUUCGCUUGCCGACCGACCUCAGGGGCGCCAUCCCUCAAGACGGCAAAUGGAUAGCGAGAGAGCUGCGGCCGAAGCAGCUGCCCGACGCGUCGGAUCAAGCCAGACGAGCGGGCCCGUAAGACCCCGCGAUGACAAGGAACAAGUCAGACUGCGAAAGGUUACUGAGGAGGAGACUUUGGCACAGACGAGCCGGGGUCGAAGAAAUUCGCAAUCUAGUCUUUCGGCGCUCGAGUCUCCUACUAAGAAUCGUCGGUACCGCAGGGAUGACAGCAAGAGGAGGGCGGAAUCGGCGGCUGAAAGCAGAGUCGAAAGCAGCAGAGUUGGCAGCAGCAGAGUCCAAGAUGAAGCGAGCCGCCUAGGACCACUAAAUCCGCCAAACCCAUCGCUCGCCAAGGGCAGACGCGGUAGGGAUUCAGGUUAUAACUCAGGCCAGCCUCCUGCCCAGCAGUCGGGCCAGCCAAGCCAAUCUGGUCCUUCAUUCUUACAACCACCCGGCCAGCACUUACCAAAUGCUUCAGUCACUAGUGUAGGCAGCCAUGGUACUUGGAGUGGCAUGAGUAUGGACCCGAGCGAAGUCCCAACCGAGGUCCCAACCGCACCGCGUAACCCGCCACAGAGUACAGUGCAUCAGCCGCCGCCAGCUGACGACAAGGGCAACGAGUCCGCUGCAGACAACAGAAGGCGACGACGAGCGGAGCGACGACGAGCCAGCGGCAGUCGCCCUUCCGGAACGGAGAACACGUACGAUACCAGCACAUACGAUGAGAAUGAUAUGUUCUAG